AUGGCGUCACUCAAGCUUGCCGACGAAGUCCUUGUUCGCGUGGGUGGAAGGUUGUUUACUCUGAGCAAAGAUACAAUCUCAAAGUUGGAGACUGACUUUCUGAGCAAACUGGUGGACCCAGAUUCGAACUUUCAAAAGCCAAAGGGUGGAGUGUUCAUUGUGCAAGCUGGUGCUGCAGAGUUCUCAGCUAUGCUUCACCUGAUCGAAUACGGAUCGUUCCCCGCUGUAAUGCUUUUAGAGGAGAAGGAAGCGGUGCUGCUUCGCGAGGCGGCAUUCUGGGGUGUUGAAGACAAAGUUAAGAAAGCCGUAAGAGAUGGAAGGAUGAAAAUGAAACCUAGCAGAAGUGUGUUCCAGAGGGGAGUGCAGUUAUCCAUGGAGGUCGACAAAGCCAAGCGUCACCACAAUCAACGCGAAGAUGACAAUUGUGCUAGAAUCUACUGUACCGACUGCUACAGCAGGGAUAUUGACGACCGUUUCGGUCAUGGUGACAGCUACACCCAGUGCUACAACUGCAAGAAAGAUGUCAAGUACAAUCCGAAGCUUGGCUGGUGUCAUAAAUGUAGGCUCUGCCGUGCCUGCCAAGGCGGCAACGAAUGCCUUAGUGACCGCAAUCGCAGUGAAGGACCUCGGCCCCAACAUCCGAAGUCGACCACAGCACUAAAAACGAGCUUGAGAAGUUCAUGGCCUCAAAUUUUUCGUAAGUGGGAAGAUACGGUUACGAUCAAGGAGGAUUGGCCAAUGAGCCGUGUCGUCGAAGCUUCAGAAGCAACGUGUUCAAUACUCUGA